AUGCCGUCUUUCGAUCGUAUCUACGCUUCAUCGCCGGUCCUCGCCAUGCCGCCACAGGCUGCCCAUCAAGGCGCGUUCAGCAAGUCCUGCCUUCAGCAGCCAAUCCUCCCCUAUAGCCCACCCAAUUCUAGCUCGUGGUGCCUGCAAUUAGCACGUACUUGCACGGCCGCUGGGCGCAAGCGGUCUCGCGACGAGGCAGCUGUCAAUCUCGAUCCCCCAGAGAAAGUCGUGGAGGCGCUCCCGGCCAACGAACCCGAGGAUGACUGGGUGUAUGGCCCUGGCAUGACGCUUAUCAAGAAGUCCGCUGGCUACGUCCCCGAGGCCGGCACUCAGUCCGGAAACUGGGUUGAAGAGCGAGCGGCGGUAGAAGAUGCGCGCAAAGCCGAAGCGGCUCUUCUCGCUCAGGAACAGCUGGCGCAAUCGCGCCCUUCUCUCCGCAGCCACAAGUCUCAACGGCUCGACAUGACGACACCACCCACCACUGCAACUGAGAGGUUCCCAAGCCGCGGUUCAAGCCCUGCGCGCGAUUCUUCCAAUCCGAUGACCUCGUCUUCAGAUUCCCUUGCGCAGCCAAUCGUGGAUGAUUUUACCAUCCACCUCGGCAUUGGUUGGAGCCGCAUUAGCGGCCACAUUGAGGUCGCCGCCCGCGGCUGGGCCCGUUACAUCGAGAACCAUUAUCCCGUCACCAAUGCGAAGAUCGUCUUGGAAAGCCGCGGCCUUCAGUCAUACCUAGUUGAGGCAAGCGAGGGGUAUUUCCUCUUCGCCGAGAAUCUCCGCCAAGGCCGGCUCGUCAGCACCACCUCAGAGGGCACCCUCAACAACCUCAAGAUUUCGCCUCCCGUGUUUGAUGGAGCCGACAUGCUACAUGCUUCAUCUGGGCCGUCGAAAGCUCUCGACCAGGCUGUGCUCCCUGUCGUCUCGACCGACAUGGAUAUGAGCUGA